UUCCUUCCUUCUUUUGCGCCGCUCCUCCGGGCAGAACUGUGAGAACGUGAUCGAUCGAAUUUCUAAAAAGGCACACUCCUUACCCCUGUGCUCCCGAGAUCACGAAACAACCGCAUAUCUCCUGAUAAUAAAAUCGGGAGUUCGUGUUUCGUGAUUUUAAUCAUUCCGCGUGUGAACAAGUAGAUUCCCUUAGCCGCGAGGCAAUUACCCAGUGAAGAGCACACGUAAUCGAACAAAAUGCCGGAAAAAAAUCUCGCUGAUCCGGUCGCGUUCGCGAAGGAUUUCCUCGCCGGUGGUAUCUCGGCCGCCGUGUCCAAGACCGCGGUGGCUCCCAUCGAGCGCGUGAAACUGCUUCUGCAGGUGCAGCACGUCAGCAAGCAGAUCUCCGCGGACCAGCGCUACAAGGGUAUCGUCGAUGCCUUCGUCCGCAUUCCCAAGGAGCAGGGCCCCCUGUCCUUCUGGCGUGGUAACCUCGCCAACGUCAUCAGGUAUUUCCCUACCCAGGCGCUCAACUUCGCCUUCAAGGACAAGUACAAGCAGGUGUUCCUCGGUGGCGUAGACAAGCACACGCAGUUCUGGCGCUACUUCGCUGGUAACUUGGCCUCGGGCGGCGCCGCCGGAGCCACCUCCCUCUGCUUCGUGUACCCACUCGACUUCGCCCGUACCCGCCUCGCCGCCGACGUCGGCAAGGGAGACGGCCAGCGCGAGUUCUCCGGACUGGGUAACUGCCUGUCCAAGAUCUUCAAGACCGACGGCCUGAUUGGUCUGUACAGAGGCUUCGGAGUGUCCGUGCAGGGUAUCAUUAUCUACCGCGCGUCCUACUUCGGCUUCUACGACACAGCCCGCGGCAUGUUGCCCGACGCCAAGAACACACCCCUGGUCAUCAGCUGGGCCAUCGCGCAGACUGUCACCACCGUCGCCGGUAUCAUCUCGUAUCCCUUCGACACGGUCCGUAGGCGCAUGAUGAUGCAGUCUGGCCGCGCCAAGGCUGACAUCCUCUACAAGAACACGCUCCACUGCUGGGCGACCAUCGCCAAGACUGAGGGCACAUCCGCCUUCUUCAAGGGCGCCUUCUCCAACGUGCUCAGAGGCACCGGUGGUGCGUUCGUACUCGUCUUAUACGAUGAGAUCAAGAACCUCCUCUAAACUGUAUAAUAUUGUAAGAUUGUUACCGUAACAACAUAAAAAAAUCGUGAUCGAAUCACCACAAAAUAGCCGCUCCCCCUGAAAUCAUGUAUUAUUAGAAGACGAAAAACGAACCUAGUAACUUAUUUUUAGUUAAAUAAAGCGUUAUACAUUGAUUCCAA